AUGCAACAUGUGACUGUCAGGCUCCUCCUCCUCCUCCUCCUCCUCCUCCUCCUCCAUCCUCUGACCUCGGUUGACCUGGAGGAGGUGGACGAAGAGCCGGUGGAGGUGGAGGUCAUCGUCAACAGCUCCUCUUGCAGCGCCACCUGUGGGCUGGGUGUGAAAACUCAAACCCUGUGUUUGCUGAGAGACGGCAUGACAGCGAUGGAGGAAGGUGGAGCAGAGGUGUCGCAGGAGUGUCGCGUCCGUCAGGUGAAGUGUCUGGAGUCCUGGCAGUGUGGCCUCAGGACGAGGACUGUGACCUCAGGACAGACGGUGGAGAUCGACUGUCUGGGAGAAGUCGUGGAGGCGAUGGGGAGGUUCUCAUGGAGGGUGUCGUGGCGUUACGCCCGAGGAGUAAUCAGCUCUGAUGACUCUCUGUUCACUCGCUGGGAUGCUCCUCUGCUGGACCGGGUGGUUCUGGACCCGGUCGGGGAGGAGGACGCAGGAACUUACCGCUGUGACGUCCAGGACGCCACCUUCCGCAGGGUGAAGAGGGUUUACUGGGGGAUCCGGGUUUUGCCCGUCGGGGUUCUCAAUCUGGACUACGAAAGCUCUCUGGCCCAGUGGGACUCUGCAGGAAACCAGCAGAACCGGACCGUGUCAGACCAGCGUGACCACAGGAUGCCUCUUCUCUACGCAGUGCUGAUCAGCUUGAGCCUCGCAGGUGUGGGGGCUGGACUGAUCCUGCUGGGCCUCCGCUGGGCAGUGAAGAGCAGAGAGCGGAGGCCUUUUUAA